AGUACCGAUUUCUAGGUAGCGAUGACUGUUGUUGUCCUGUAUGUUAGAAUACUUUGGUUAUCAAGGAUGUUUGUUGUUACAAGUAGUGUGCGCGAUGUUUGAAUAUCUUGGAAAGAAUGUGACAAAAACCCAGUAAGUCAGCCAUAACUGAGUAUCGUAUUUCCAUGGGACAUUCCAUGGGUUAUUCAGCCAGAGAAAUCUUGGCCACGAUGCUAUCCUUCUGGGGUUCAAUUGUUAAAUCGGAGGAGUCGGAGGAAAUACGUUUGUUGGAAGAUCCGAUUAAUCCUGAUGGUGGCUUUCAACUGGAUAAGGCAUGGAACCUGGUAUUUUGUGCAUUCAUGGAAUAUUCAUAAUGGGACCAUCCUUUUAAACAUGUGCGACAAACGAAAGGUGAGAUGGGCCACAUCCGCAUUUUCUGAAGAUUGUGUAGACACACACCCGACAAAAAAGAAUGAUGAACAAUCAAGUUACAGCAAGAAUAAUCCAGCAGAACAGUUAAAGUUAUCUGAGCAGACUGGGAAUAGUAGAAAUUCAACCCAAAAACUGCCACUUCGAAAUAAGAAAAUUGAGUUUGUCACAGUUGAAAAAAGCUUUGAUCCUGUAUGCGAGAAAGAUUUAGCAUUAUCAAAGAAAAGAUUGGAACCUCUCCAACAAUGGUUUUAUGCAAUAGAAAUAUCAUCCAAGAAGAACCGAAUAUUGCUGCUCCUUGGGCCGGACGGCUGUGGCAAGACGGCAGCUGUGAAGGUUUUAGCAAAAGAAAAACAGAUGGAAAUAGUGGAAUGGUCAGAACCAGACUUCAUUCCAGGAGUAGAUGGAUAUACUCCACAGUUUGAUGUGAAUAACUUAAAGACCUUUCUUUGUCGUGCUGGAAGAUACUCGAGCUCAAAAAAACUGAUUGUUGUUGAAGACCUUCCCCUUUCUGUGCUUAGUGCGAAGGGUGACUUAACUACUGUGAUUCACAAUUAUUCAACCACAGGAAAAUGCCCACUUGUUAUAAUAAUUUCACAUACAGAUCGAUACUCGGUAUUUAAUGCUGAGGCUCAGAAGUUAUUGGAUAUGGAUGUAAUAGUAUUCAAAAGAAUUACAGAUGCAUCUAUAAAAAAGGCUCUGAAUAGAGUAAUAGGACUGAAAGGCUUACCAUGCGAAAAGUAUGCUUCUAUUGUGUCUCACAUAACAGAAAUGUCUUGUGGAAAUAUUCGGAAAGCAAUUUCUGAGCUCAAAUUCUAUGUACCUGAGUCAAAAUUUGUUGCACCACGCAAAGGUCUGUGGAAAUUUGAGAAACAUUUGGGAAGAAAACCAAGUGACAGAAAUGCUGAUUUAGAGCUUAAAGAAGAUUCAGGAAUAUUUCAUGCUGUGGCUAGAGUACUGUAUGCGAAACGUGAAACCAUUGGUGUUGCACAGGACAAUAAAGUGCAGCAUGGCUCUGAACUUCUGGGAGAACUUGAACACAAGCCUGUAGAAAUAUGUGACAAAUACUUUCAGUUUCGCAGACAGUUUGUUAAUUUAAUGUUUUGCAAUUAUGCAAAAAUAUUUCACAGCAUACAUGAUAUUGCUAAUGCCGCUGAUUACAUGAGUGAAUCUGAUAUAUUGUCAUCAUUGUGGUGGGAGAAACCUGUUUCGGAAGAUGCUGGCUUUGUGUUGGCUGUUGGAGGAGUAAUGACCUCAUGUCACAAUGUUGUAAAGAAAUGGCAACCGUUAAAAGGUGAAGCUGGUCUGUCUGCAAAAAACAUAAUUUCAUUGCCUGUGCUUUGGAAUAUACGGAAAACUCAACUCUUGUUUGCAAAUCUGUCUGAGGUGAUACUGUGUACUGAAAUUAUCCCGUACAUGAUGACAUUUUUUCAGUAUUGUUCUAUGAAAGUGCCAAAAUGUAGCCAUGGAUUCUACACACAUGAUCACCAUCAUUUUGUUCUACAAAUGGAGCAAUGGAAGAAUGAGUAUGAAUUGCCACAUACUUACAAGAGUGUUCAGAGGAUGGACAGUGCAGGUCACAAAAUGCAGAAUGCAAGAAAUUUUUCUCUGGUAACCAAUACAGAAGCAGAAAGGAAACAGUUGGAAGAACCAGAGGCAGAGGAAGAUGAAGUCAUAAUUGAAGAAGUUCAUUCAGACUGAGUUGCAGCAUUUCAGUGGCUCCUUCCUUUCAUUUCAGUGGCUCGCUCCUUUUAGUGCAGAACUGUAUUACUAAGUAUGAAAGAAGUGUAAUAAUGUAAAAUGCUCAAUAAAGGUAGCAUAGUCACACGUACAGGAACCACUAAUAUAUUCCAUGGUUAACUGAUAAACUGCAUCAUGUUGUGGAGACGGAUCGUUAAAACAAAUGCUAUUAAAUUCUCAGCAUUGAAACAACUCUAUAUAUGACAUCUGAAUCAAGAAUAAGCUACAGUUCAGUCUCAGAUUAGAACUAGUAUUUGCUAUUAAAAAACCUGAAUCAGCAUGUACUUUCUAUUCGUAUGUUAUUAUUUUUCAUCAUUUUGAUGCUAUCAUUACAUAAAAAUUAUUUUUACUUCUGUCUGCCCACAAUUAAAAGAGGCAGGUUGAGCAUUGCACAGGUGUCUAUCUAGUAUUCUUCUUUAUUUUUAUUCAAGUUGAUCAGUAUAACUUAUGUUUCCAUUUAAAAACCAUGAUAUUAACAUUGUCAGUCUAUCUUGGUGUAUGUGAUAUGAUCUGGCUGUCAGUCUGUCGUGAUAUGUGUAUAUGAGAUGUAAAGUAGGAAUUUUGACAUCCAGUUUAUAUUCUGUUCAUUAAACAAUAUACUUUAUUUAUUUAAAAAUUGGCCUUUAAUUACGCAGAGUUCUUAAAAAUAUGCCGAUAUAACAUACAGAAAAGAAUUUGUAGUUUUUUGUUUUAAACAGAAACUGCAGUUAUGAAGUGUGUAUCUUGUAAAACUAAUUAUAUAUUACACCUUACAGCAUAUAUCUGAAUUUGUUUAUGUACAGUAUUACCAAUAUUUUCAUCAUAGAUAACAAUGGUAAUCUUUACUAGGAAGACACAAAAUUAACAGAAAAAUAUAUCGUGUAGAAUUGUGUUGAAAUGUCACCAAAACUGGCAAUUAUUUGCAAUGGUUACUCUAAAUUGCUUAAACAUACAAACUUCCAAAAUGUGUGUGUGUGUGUGUGUGUGUGUGUGUGUGUGUGUGUGUGUGUGUGUGUGUGUGUGUGUCAUGUUCUUGUUUAUGUGCCUUUCUGUGACUCAAAUCCUCUACUUUUCAGUGAUUUGUUACUUUUACUCCUUGAAUUAUGUGCAUUCCAGCAAGACUUUCCACACCUGACCUAUUUUUAUCC